AUGUUGUCAUCGAGAAUCAAUUUGCAUAAUGGUUAUGGCGAAGGUGAGCCAAUUAUGCCCAGUGAUUAUGAAUUAUGGGAGAGAUUAGCAUCACACACUAUACCUGCAACAGAUAUUCCACCACCACGACCUCUUAUACCUCCCAUAUCUCAACCAAGUCGACGACCUCCUAUAGUACCUCUAAUGAAAGUACCACAGCCACAAUUAUCUUUCAGACCAGCCACUUCUCCUGUAAGGCAUCGUAAACAUAGACAAAAACCAAUCACGCCGGAGAUUGUUAUUGAACGACGACAUCGUCAUCAUCAAUCAUCGGGACGGCAUCGAAUAAUUACAAUUCCACUCGAUUAUCAGCCAACAGUUGGUUUACAUGGACCUCCAAAACAAGUGUUGGAAAUUGAACGUGUUCGAUGUCGUCGACAUCGAAAACGUUACUCAUCAUGCUAUGAAGUUGAAUAUGAUGAUCCACUACCACCACUAAAACCCCAACCAAAUAUCAUAAUUGCCAAUCCAAUACCCAAUCCAUGUUUGUCAUCAGUUCAAUCAUCAUUCAUACCAUAUACUAAUAAGUAUGUUGAUCCAUCAGCAUUAUUUUCAAAUCUGACUGUUGAAAUGAUUGAAAAUUUACCAAAAACAAUUGUUUAUUUACCAUCUGUACAUCUACCAGAUAAUCAAGCUAAUUCUAGUACAAAACUUGAUACCAUUGUAAUUCCUGCCGAAAUAAUCGAUCCAACUGAUGAAACUUUAUCGAUUAUUCAAUCCAAUUCUACAAUAAAUGCUAAUGAAAUCAAAACUGUUCAACCUACAGUUCGAGCUCCUGUACAACCACAACUAAUCAAUAUACCAACUAUCGGUUCACCACUACCACCAUUAACGAUGCCAUCAGGUCCAUUUAUGAAACAAGUUCAAGAUCUUUUACAACGACUUACUAUUUCUCGAACCCAACCAACGUCAGUACCUAUUACACAACAAUAUAAUACAACACCUAAUGCAUUUAACAAUUCACAAACUAUCUCUCACAUGAAUACAGAAAAUAUGCGACCAUAUCCAUCAGCAAAUAUUCGACCGAUAAAUAUACCGAAUAGUGGAUCAUAUAAGUCAACAACUUUUACACCAUAUAAUACUAUGAAUUAUCCGCCAACAAAUAUGACACUUUAUGAUCGAGCUAGUGAUAUACCGUCUAGUCCAGCAAACAUAAGGCCUUAUCCUCCAGCUAAUAUUUCAUUGUAUCGCCCAGUUAAUAUUACACCGUCUAGUGCAACAAAUAUAACACCUUAUCCUUCAGCAAAUAUUACACCGUAUCGUUCUGCUAAUAUGACACCAUCAAAUUCAGCAAAUAUAAUACCUUAUCCUGCAGCAAAUAUUACACCUUAUCAUCCAGUUACUACUACAUCAUAUAGUCCUGGAAAUAUUGCACCAUAUAGUCCAGAAAAUAAUAAACCGUACAGACCAGCAAAUAUUACUCCUUAUCAUUCACUUAAUUCUACACCAUCGAAUCCGAAAACUACACAAUCAUAUGAUCCAGCUAGUACUGUACCUUCUACUACGUUAAAUACUGACUCGUAUUAUCCUCGAGCAAACAUAACACCUUAUAAUACUAUGCAGAAUCGCUUCGGUGAUAGUUCUACAUUUCCACUUUCUACUCCAUCUGGACCAACUUCUUAUAUCUCAUCUUCAUCUUUAAUUUCUUCUAAUUCUUUUACUACUGAUCCAUUGAGUAUUGAUAAUACUCAGAUGAAUAAACCAUAUUUAUCACAAUCACCGUCACAAACUCCUCGUCAAUUGACUACCAAAAUGCCAAGAUCAAUUCUUCGUAAUAGAACGUCUAAUACUCUCUCAAACACUACUUCUACUCAUUUAAAUCUGCCAAAUGUUUCGUCUCCGAAUGAUAUUGUUCGUAGAAUAGAAACAUUAGUUUAA